CCUUGUUUUUCCUUCCAUUAGGUGUCCACAAAUUGGAAAAGAAAGGCUGGAAAGUCAUUGCUCCAGCAGAUCGUAGUCUUAACACAUUACAAGGCCUUCUAUUUGCCACUUUCGAAAUUGCUGCCAGCAAAAACACAGCAGGGACGAUAUAAAACAGCACAUCAGAAUAGAUGGUAUCAUGGCAGUAACAAUUUCGGGUACGUCGGUGUUGAUGGUGUCCUUCGAAUGGAUAGUGGAAGAUAUAGAAGAAACCAAAACAGUUUUAUCCAAGAUGAUUCUGUUUAAUGGAGACAAAGUAUUCCGUGUCAGUGUGAAGAAAACAACAGAUAAGAAUCCUACCUUGAUAUUCUUGGCCACCAAUCUCAAUAGAAUGGGAAUGAGGGUGAAAGAAAUUCGAUACAGUCAACAAGGUUUACAAUCCCAUUUGAAGAUGAAAGAAAAUGAAAUUAAGAAAGAGAAAGAUGGCGAAAGCUUGCAGUUAUUCACUGCCCAUCUCACUGAAAGGCUUUUGGGCAAGUGCAUCUUUACUUUUUCAAUCUGGAUUGAAGGAAGUGUCACUGGGUAUUGUUACCACCUCUCCGAUCGUCUUAUUACGCAACAAUUCUGGAAUGCCUCCGCCAAACAUGAGCAUGGAAUCGACGUUGAGUUGAAGUGUAAAGACAAAACAUUUUCCGCCCACAAAGCCAUUCUUGCUGCCCGCAGUCCAAUCUUUGCAGCCGAAUUCGCUAAAGAUCAUCCAGCAAAAGACGAGGGCUCUCAUCAAAUCCACGUGGAAGAUGUCGAUCCUUCAGUUAUGGAAGAAUUCCUCUACUUCCUCUACACCGGCCAACCGAAAACAGUGUUAGCUAAUGACGAGCUUCUCAAGUUAGCCAGUCGUUAUCAACUAACGACUCUCGAGAAUUUGUGUCGUGCUGCACUAACCAAAAUCGAUGUCCAACAAGUGAUGAACUGCAUGUCUAGUUUAAAUCCUGCAGCUACCGGAAUGCACCAGGAAGUCAAAGCCUCAUCAUCUGUCCUGAUCAGGCCGGAUGCAGAGAUUGUGAUUGACCACGAUCAAAGUGUAUCUACAUUCCAAUGCUGUUGGGAACUGAAGGUCGAUGCUAAAGCUCUCUUUCCCAACACUGUCAUUGAAUAUCAACACGAGAAGUUGUUUUCCCCGCAUCUCACCGGAAAGGUGCAUGGAUUCGUCGUAAAGAAACCGUGGAUCCAUCUAGUCUGCGUCAACCAUCGCAAUUUUGGUUUCAAAGCUAUGAACGGAUUUUAUUCGACCGACGGAAAAACCUGGAUCGAAAUGAAAAAGAGAAAAGCAGAAGAUGUCGAGUUAUUUCUGUUCGUGGGUCAAACGAGUGAAACGUUUCGUGACGGAUGUCGCGUAACAUUUUGCAUGGAAAUGGCCAGCACUAUUGAAAACUACCAUUACGAAUUGAUGGACACGUCGUGGACAACGCAACUUUGGCAGUUCGCUUUAGAACACAAGUGGACGGAUGUGGAAAUAUUCGUCGGUGCUGUUAAACUCGAAGCUCACCGAGUUGUUCUUUCCGCACGUAGUCCAGUCUUGAAUGUCCUGUUGGGUGACAUCGAUCACCUGGGCAAAUCGUCAAUGGCUGUGGAAGAAAAUAUCGAUGUUGAAGUAGUUGAAGUGUUUUUAAAAUUCCUUUAUACUGGUCGUUUGGACAGGUCGGCCACUAACAAACAGCUUCUUCAAUUGGCCGAAUCUUACGAAGUUGAAACGUUGUUAAAAAUUUGUCAACUGGCCAAUCGAAUUUCUGCGGAUGUCACUUCCAAAUUGGAUGCUCUUCCUUGUAAAAUCGACAUUGCAGACAAACCUGCCGUUUCCUUUCAAAUGGAUCUCGAAGUCGUGAAUCUGUUUCUGAAAUUUCUUCAUACGGGUUCGUUAGAUCCAUCCGUCAGCCAAACCCAAAUGGUUGCAUUGGCCGAGAUGUACGAAGCAAAAACGUUGAGCAAAAUUAGUAAAUUGGUGAGCGAAAUUUCCCCAGACGUCGACAAACUGACGACCUUCAUCCUCACAUUUUUCUGAAAAAGUUUCCCUUUGUAAAGUUUCCUUUUCCAUUUUUGCUAAUGAAACAUAAACACUUCAUCGACAGAUGGUUAAAGUUAACGGUUUGUUUGCUGGUUGUCCAUACCAAUAAAAAGAAUGUUAUCGUUGUUUUAACAGCUAGGAAGUCAUUCAACUUUUCGCUUCAACGUGCGCAAAUCGCUUUCCAAAAAUAUUACGUAGAAAGCCAUCGGUGUUUUCGAGCUUCGAAAUCGUAUCUGUUCGUUAUGAAAAG